CAACAUCCCCCUUUUUACAUGUCACUUCACAGUACCUCCCCUCCACUCUGGCAGUAAGCUACUGUACAAACAGCGUAUCACCUAACACUGCAACAGAGCUUCUUGGAUUCUGUGUUAUUCAGUAAUGGAUUAUAAACUUCUUCUGAUUCUACUUCCCAGUCUCCUACUGCUAGGUAAGACCUAUCUUUCCUUUGGUAUUGUUACACUCUACUCUUCAACAUGGAUAGCUGGCUUAAUAUGGUGCUGCUAAACUUGCCACAGCAUGACAGACCAAUCGAUUGACCUCCUACUUGGAUGCUCUAAUCAACAAUGUUAAGAGACUUUUUGGGAGACAUUUCUCAGUUUAAGGUGGCAUCCUGAUGUGUCUGCUCCAAGGGGAUGCAACGGUGAAAUUUGUUUUAACCCCGGCAAUUCUGAGUUUUCAUCUCUCAUUACAGAAUAUUUUGCUAGGAUACAUUCCUACGGAAACAAAGGGGGCAUUGUGGGCAAGAAAAGAGUUCUUGUAAACAUUAAUGUUUCCCUGUGGCUGAAUUUUGCAUCUUUGUCCUUAUUUCUUGAUACAGUGGCCCAGUCUUAAUUUAAAUUCACUUAGAUUUAAGAGAUGUUUAUAACUAAUAAAACAAUGAAAAUAACAAUUUGCCAGCAAUUAUUAAAAAUAGUGCUGUUAAAUUGUAGCGUUUGUGAAAUGUUGAGCAUAAUUCAUUACAUGUGUGCUUGUUGUGGAAUAUACUGCCUUUCCCCAAAAAUAAGACUGUGUCCAGAAAAAUACACUAGGGGUUAUUUUUGUGGGAUAUCUACAUUUGGGGGAAUUCCCCAGAACAUAGACCAGUACACAAACGCAUGGAAUCCCGCAAAUCUAUGUUCAGGGAAACUUCUCCGAAAAUAGAUUAGCGAACUAGCUACUAGCGACUAUGGCUUAUUUACGGGGUAGGGCUUAUAUUACAAGCAUCCCCGAACAUAAGCUAUGGUUUGUUUUCGGGGGAUGUAUUAUUUUCGAUGAAACAGGGCAGUAAAAAAAGAAUUAAGAUCCCACAUGGCCCUGUGCCAGUUACAUGGUUUGAGGUCCCGCUUCUUUUUUCACAUAGAGGUAGUGAAUAGGGCCAAUCAAAUUCAUGGAUCCAAGGGAACCUGUCUAAGCCCUGGGCUGUUGGCUGCCACCUAGGGUCAAUUUAUGGGUACUACAGCCCUAGCAGAGCCAUUGAUUUAGGGAUACUGUGGGCACUUUUAACAACUUAAUUUUAUUGACGUUGUUAUAGUGCCUGCAGACCUGUUUACCCUUUUUUACCAUCAAAACACUUUAGUUCCCUAAUUAGAGGUCUUGGAAGCUUGGAUUCAAGCUACUCCUUCAAGGCCUCUGGGUAUGAGAGCCAUGAAUCUUACUUCCUGACUCUCUGUAUUCAAUUAUUUUCUAUGGCAGAAUUUGAGGCACAUCACCUUAGGUACACCUCCAGGGUCAGACAAUCAGAGGAGGUCACGGCAGUGCCGACGAAGACCCAGUACUGGAGAAAAUGUUAGUAAUUUGUUUUAUUUUAAUUCAAAUUAUUUAAAAAAAAAUUUUUUUCAAUUCUUUAUUUUUCUUUGUGCAAGGAAUGACAAAACAUUUUCCUAUGCCACAACGGCAUAAUUGAAAGAUAUAAACACAGUAGUUGUACAUUCGUGGCAUGAGAGUAUUGGCACAUUUUAAAUGUUAUGGUAUAAACAGGCUAUUCUGGUAGCGAUGCCUAUCGAGGUAGACUGUUAUAUGAGAAACAUUGGACUAUGCAGUAGUUUAGGCACACAUUUAGUAUUUAAGUUGUGAGGUCGUAGCAGUAGUAUACAUGCUAAUAAACUGGGUUCAUGCUAAAACAAAACUAUUAAUCUUAUGCAGGUAACUAACUUGUUGGGUGUAUUGAAUCCUACAUUUAAGAUGGGCUAGCUGAGACUAUGUAAGACUAACAUCCUAAGCUAUAACCAGGCUAAGCUACAGGUCAUAUUAAAACAUGGGUAUGAGUACUAGCUUAAAUGCUUCAUCUGGUUGGCUUACGAGAGUCUCAUAGCAUGGAGCUAACUGCCGCAAAGCUCAGUGUCGUGUAGUGCUCAGGUAGAUGCAGCUUGAUGGCCCCAUUCAGCAGUCAGCCUAUUCCUGUGGCUAUUCUCUGCGCAGCUUGUUCUGGUCGAUCUGCGAUGGGGGCUUGACGGGUGAGCCAAGGGCAACGGCAGAGUUGGUGCCGCUGUAGAGUUCCGUCCCUCCUUCGUCUUGGUGGUGCUCUCCACGUUUGUCUUUCGCUGGCAGGAGGCUGGAUCUUGUGGGUCUUCGUUAGUGGGGUUGCUUUUGAGUGGUUGGAGGUUUCCUGCGUCGCUGUGUGGAGAGUGGGCUUGGUGGUCUUGCUGUGGUGCAUGUGAUGCCGAGUGUCGGCGUCUGAGGGAUCUGUUGCCCUUUCCCGCCACCUUGCCACCCGACUCUGUCUCUGACUGGAGGUCACCCAGGGAGCUUGUGGUGAGUAUGUGGUGUCGCCGUGUAGUCGGCCGGAUCCAUGCCGCCACUGUUCUCAUGGCGAGAUGGAAGGACCGGCCCUUAGUGCGGAUCUUUGUCCAUAGGCUGUUACAUAGCCGGGCAAAGAACUCCUGGGUGUGCUUGGGUGGCUGAACGAGAGUGCUUUUUGGCUUCGGACGCGCCUGUGCCGUCAUCUUGAUUGCGUUUCUAUUGUCUCGUUUGAUUGUAGGUUUGGUUGCUUGUUUAGUCUGCUUUGUGGGGGUAAUCGUUCCCACCGAGGAUCAGGAUAUCCCCCGCAGGUCCAGAGGGGGGGGGUAGCAGAGAAGUAGUCAACGCUCGCUUAUAAAAAGGUCUCAUGCCGGGCAGUUUAGUCAGGAUGCGCGUUUGUUUGCCCGCUGGUGGGUCUUCGUUAGUGGGGUUGCUUUUGAGUGGUUGGCGCGCAGCUUCAUGAGACCGGUGCCAGAAUUCCGGCACCGUUCUCAUUAAGCUGCGCGCGAGGGCAGGGGAGCAGAGACAGAACAGCUCCCCUAGCGGCCGCCAUCAGAGCUCCCCCAGCGGCCACCAGCAGACCUCCCCCAGCGGCCGCCAGCAGACCUCCCUAUGCAGCCAUCAGAGCUCCCCCUGCGGCCACUAGCACACCCAGCCGGUCACCCACAGGUAAUAUGUGUCAUUCUGUCAGUGUGAGUGUAUGUGUGUGUCUGUGUCAUGGUGUGUGUGUCAUGGUGUGUGUGUCAUGGUGUGUGUCUGUGUCAUGGUGUGUGUGUCUGUGUCAUGGUGUGUGUCUGUGUCAUGGUGUGUGUCUGUGUCAUGGUGUGUGUGUGUCUGUGUCAUGGUGUGUGUGUGUGUGUGUCUGUGUCAUGGUGUGUGUCUGUGUCAUGGUGAGUCUGUGUCUGUGUCAUGGUGUGUGUUUGUGUCAUGGUGUGUGUCAGUGUCAUGGUGUGUCUGUGUCAUGGUGUGUGUGUGUGUGUGUGUCUGUCAUGGUGUAUGUGUGUGUCUGUGUGUAUUUAAAAAGUGUUUUUACUCUCCUUUUUGUUUUUCUCCCUAUGCCGUGGUCUCCCCUCGACUGGCCCUGCUUGAUGAUCUCAGCCAAUCCUAUGCUCUGCCAUAUGAUUGGCUGCAAAGGCCCUGAAUGUAGGUACUGCACACUGUGCAAUCACACUGUGCAGCACUGACACAGGAAGCACCUCUAGUGACUGUCUGAGUGACUGUCAAUAGAGGUCUUACUUGGAAGCAAUGUAAACACUGUCAUUUCUCAGAAAAGUCAGUGUUUACAUUGAAAAGCCUGCAGGGACAGGCUAUAGACACCAGAACCACAUUAAGCUGUGUGUGUGUGUGUGUGUGUGUGCCUGCUAGUGAGUGAGCUUGCGUGUGUGUAUGUGUGUGUGUGUGCCUGCUAGUGAGUGAGUGAGCUUGUGUUUUUUCAUGCCAAUGAGCUUAUGCAUAUCAGUGACAUUGUUUGUCAAUGAGGCUGUGUAUCAAUAAGCUUGUGUGUGUCAGUGAGAUUGUCUGUGUCUGCAUGUGAGUAUGCUUACUGUAUAAUUAAACUUUUUACUCUGAAAGGACAAAUAUUAUAUAUGAGAAAAAGCAAUAUAUAUUCGAGAUAUAUAUAUAUAUAUAUAUAUAUAUAUAAUUACUCAACCAUCUGGGGUGGCAAGACAUUGCCUUACAUAUUACAUACGGCAAUAUAUGGCGCAAUGACUUUUAGGACUGGCAUAGAUUUUUUUUUCCAGGGUUGCUUUGUAUCCCCAGUUCGGCCCUGACUGUAUGUGCCAGUGUUUAUCUGUGUGCCACUGUUCGUAUCUCUGUAUAUGUGUCGGUGUGCUUAUGUGUGAAUGUCUUUUCAUCGGUAUGUGUAUCAGUGUGUAUGUGUGUAUCUGUGUGUGGCAGUGUAAACACUGAACACACAUGCAAACCUGCAUUCAAAAGCCAACAUUCAGGGGGGCGGGGCUGGGUCGCCGGGCCGACUGGCCGCCAUCUACAUGGGCUCCGGCAUUAAACCUCCAGAAACAGCCCUUCACACGGCCCCAGACUGAUUAAAAAUCGAAAUCCGCAUCGUCCCAGACGAAGGAGAGGCUCCGGUACAUGCCUGUCACCUGCACGUACCUUACUGCUUGAGAGCAGGCGGAGAGAACCGAGCCCGGCCUACAUGCGGCUCCUGAACAUCGGCGUCCGUUACCAGCAGAAUGGCACCGCGGAAAGGCGCAUCAUUGGGGCACCCCUCCACAAGACAAGCACUUCAGGUGCGGGGGGGCCCCACUGAAACUGGGGAGAGGAAACCUACAUAUGACAGGGACGGAGACGUUUUUGAAAGGUCAGAACAAGGGGCCCUUUGAAGAUUACUCACCAUGGGGAGCCGACCUAGAAGGCCCGAGCGGAACCUGGUGUUGCAGGGUGCCCAAUGGACCCCCCACGAUGAAUACCGGCCAGCAGGAAAAGUGAGUGCCCUGGCCUCUGUGGGGUCCCCAGAGAGUUAUGUCCCUGCUGCCGCGAGCCCGGUGGGGCGGGACAGCACGGUCUUUCCGGCAGACUGGUGGCCGGGAGCGGCAUGCACCGGCCCUAAGUAUGUGGCCGGCACCAGGAGAGACACGCGGACACGAGCUUUACUGGGUCUGAGGUGGCGAUGGGGAGGUGCAGGGUGUGGAUGGCCCACAGACUCUAGGUGUGGGGGUCGAGUGGUCUGCUUCAACUCCCGAGUGCCCACAGCACUGCGGAGGACUCAGGUGCUGGGCUGGGACCAGCCCGGGGGGGCGGACGGAGACUUGGCAACUUGGGAACCAAGGGAGACCCUCAUCGGACAGCUAUUGAGAAAUGCCCUGCACCUGUCAUGGAGUGCAUGGGACAUGAAACAAGUGAGAGAAAUUACCUUCCCCAAGUCCAACAAACCAAUUGAAAGCCGUACAUUUGCCUGUGAUGGCCACCAUCUAUGUGCAGCCAACAGUGAAGGGACUGUAAAUACCUGGUGCCGAAAAGACCAUCAACGCUUAAAUUUUUCAAUAUUCUACUCAUCCCUCAGCAACUACGCAGCAGGCUACAAAAAGAAAAAUCUAUAUGCCACACAUUAUUUCCUAUAUUAUUUAAUUAUUACAUGAUAUAUUUAAAGUCCGCUUACUUAAAUACAAGCCAAAAUGACAGUUUAAUAUCUAAAAGCGAAAGAUUAACUUUUUCUCUGAUAUUUGCUAUAAAAAAAAAACCUUUCAGAUGCGUAUUAAGGUUUACUUUUAUUUAAGUUCUUUUCUACUUUAUUUUUAUUUUAUGUGUUUGAUGAGGCUUAACCAGGGCAGAGCCAAACAUGUGAUAUGUUACAGACCUACAUGCCAGGGCCUUAUUAGGCGCUGUUAUAAUGCCAAUAGCUCAGAUUUAUCGCUGACUUACACAGCCUGAUUACUAUAUUCCAUUCUUGCCGCAUGCGCUUAACAGUACGCCAUAUAGUUAGGACUUUGCUUUAUUGACAGCAAUCACUAGGGGUUAAACUGCUGUAAACCCCGACCAUACAUUUAAUAGGAGCCAUACUGAGCUGAAAUCUACUUCUUUAGCUAGCCUCAGUUAUCAAAUACUGCACUGUGGUAUGCCCUUCUGUUCAGUCAUAGUUUAAUGGUGUGCCCUUUUGUUAUGCCAUAGUUUAGCUCCCCCCUGCCAACAGAUGUGGACUUACUAUUGGGUUGCGACGCAUUGCUUAGUCAAACAAAGUCAAGAACAGACAUAAAACGUUAAUUAACUUGCUUUAGCUUGACCUGUUAUAAUUCAGCUUAGACAAUAGUGCAUAUACUUCGGUUCAGAUUCAGCUGAAAAUUUUACUGCUAACAUAUGCCGACUGCAAAAUAGGAUACGGAGAAUUGCUUAUUAUUGCUAAUGUUGGACCGGAUGUGUAAAAUGACAUUUGCCUAAUCUUUGUUAUGUUACUCCUGUUCACAAACUAUAACCUUUCUGCCACACUAGGCUUUGACUGUUCUAAUUUGAUAUAUAAUGCACUUUGUGGCAUAUGCUUAUGACGUAUGUUUAUUACGGCUCGGUUACCUCCCCUGCGUGGGAUGACUGCUUUCCCUAUGAACCAAUAAAAUUAUUUAAAACAAAAGCCAACAUUCACACACACAUACUCCUUAUAAAAGCAUGCCUACAUUCAAACACACAAAUACUGCUCUGUGCUAACUAAAACCCUGCAAGGGUGGGCAAACUGUAGAUGGGUAGACAGUAUCCAUUUCAGAUCAUCUGGUACUUGGGUUUAGGGAUCUCUCCAUGUUGGUUAUGGAUGCACCUGCAGUCAUGUUGUGGACUGUAACAUUGCCUGGUGUUAAACGGUGGGAACUACUGUUCACAAGGAUUAGUAGGUACACUGAUGUACCCCAUGUACUCUAAGAAUGUGGUGUUACAGCACUAGGUACAAAUAAAUAGCACUGCAAUGGCACUGCACGCUUAUAAUGAAAUACUUUACAAAAAGUUAAAUUGACAAAAACAACACUUUCAUUUUAUGGGUGUGAGUGGGAGUGUGGCCCAGGGCAGGGUUGUUAAUUUUGAGAAUGUAGGUGAAUUACUAAUAAAUUAUGUAAUUUAGAGCAAGAACAAUUUAUCUUAUUUACACAAAGAGUGAAUUUCAAAACCAUUUAUUGUACAUAUUAUUGUGUACAAUGCUGGCAUAUUAUUGCUGUGGAGCUCAUUUAUACAUACAGACACACCAACAAUAUGAACGCUUAGAAAAUAGGAGCAUUAGGAUAGAAAAGAGGGACACGGGGACUUGGGCCCAAAUAGGGAUUGUCUUCUUAAAUCAGGACACUUGGGAGGUAUAUAAAUACAGAGUUAUUACAGCAUUACUAUAAUGGCACCAGAUAUCUUAUACUCACCUUUUUGUCUGUGACAUUUUGAUAGUGUUUUAUUUUUAUUGAUAUAUUUUUACCAGUAACUUGACAAAAUGUAAAUAUGAUCAAAUAUGAAGAAAUAACCAACAUACAGGAAAGCAUCCUAUACUACAAAAAGUAGUGUUACAGCUUACUGUUUUCAUACCAUAGUAGGAUCAAUUUAAGAAAAUUUUAAACUAAGUGGUAUUUUCUCAAAACUUUCUUCACUGUACACUGUAACCAAUACUGAUACAUUCUUACAUAGAUGUGAGAGAGACAGAAAUAUUUGAACAAUCCGUCAGUGUGCUGACAAAUCGUCUUCUUUGUUUAGAAUCAAGCCUUACGAUCUCAUAUUGUAAGGGCUGCAAUUGAAUACAAUUGGCAAUACAUUUUAUUUUGUGUAUAAUUCUGUGCAUUUUAAAGUUGUGAUUCUUGACAAAAUUAAUUUUUUUUAUUACCGAAAAUAAAAAAAUUUAAUGUGCACAGCAGGGAUACUGGGAGGGAGGGGGUAAUACGGUGGGGGUGGGGAUGCUGGGAGGGAGGGAGGGGGGUAAUACUGUCGGGGGGAUACUGGGAGGGAGGGGUUAAUACUGGGAGUGGGAUACUGGGACAGAAGGGGGUAAAACUGUGAAGGAAGGACUACUGUGGGAGGGAUACUGGGAAGGAGGGGGUAAUACUGUGAGGGGAGAUACUGGGAGGGGUAUACUGGGAGGAAAGGGGUAAUAAUGUGAGGGGGGAUACUGGGAUGGAGGAGGGUAAUACUGUGAGGGGGGAUACUGGGAGGUAGGGGGUAAUACUGUAAGGGGAAGAAUACCGUGGAGGGAUACUGGGAGGGAGGAGGGUAAUAAUGUGAGGGGGGAUACUGGGAGGGAGGAGGUAAUACUGUGGGGUGGGGGGAUACUGGGAGUGAGUGGGAUAAUACUGUGAGGGGGGAUACUGGGAGGUAGGGGGUAAUAUUGUAAGGGGAAGAAUACUGUGGAGGGAUACUGGGAGGGAGGAGGAGGUAAUACUGGGGAGGAGGGUAAUACUGUGGGGAUUCUGUGAGGGGAUACUGGGAGGGAGGAGAUAAUACUGUGAUGGGGAAGAAUACCGUGGAGGGAUACUGGGAGGGAGGAGGAUAAUACUGGGAGGGGGAUACUGGGAGGGAGGGGGAUAAUACUGUAAGGGGGAAGAAUACCGUGGGUGGAUACUGUUAGGGAGGAGGGUAGUACUGUGGGAUUGAUACUGGGAGGGAGGGGUAAUACUGUGAGGGGGAUACUUGGAGGGAAGGGGUAAUACUGUGAGGGGAUAUGGGGAGGGAGGGGGUAAUUUGGGGAGAAAUACCUGUGGAGGGAUACUGGGAGGGAGGGGUAAUACUGUGGGGAUACUGGAAGGGAGGGAUAAUACUGUGGGGGUAAUACUGAAAGGGAGUGGGGGAUACUGGGAUGGAGGGGGUAAUACCGUGAGGGGAGGAAUACUGUGGAGGGAUACUGGAAGGGAGGGGCUAAUACUAAAAGGGAGUUGGUAAUACUGUGGGGGGAUACUGGGAGGGGAAGAAUACUGUGGAGUGAUACUAGGAGGGUGGGGUUAAUACUGUGGGGGGAUACUGGGAGAGAGGGGGUAUACUGUGAGGGGGAUACUGGGAGGGAGGGGGUAAUACUGUGAUAGGGGAUACUGUUAGGGAUGAGGGUAGUCCUGUGGGAUUGAUACUGGGAGUGAGGGGGGUAAUACUGGGAGGGAGGGGAUAAUACUGUGAGGGGGAUAUAGGGAGGGGGUACUGGAGGGAAAGGGUAAUACGGUGAGGGGGGUAUACUGGGAGGGAGGGGUGAUAGUGUGAGGUGGAUACUGGAAGAGAGGGGGUGAUAGUGUAAGGGAGGAGAAUACUGGGAGGGAGGGUGUGAUAGUGUGAAAGAGGGGGUAUACUGGGAGGGGGAGAUACUGGGAGGGAGGGGUGAUAAUGUGAAAUGGGGGUGAUACUGGGAGGGAGGGGUGAUAGUGUAAAAGAGGAGGGGCACUGGGAGGUAGGGGGGUGAUGGUGUGAGGGAGGGGGGACUAAAUACAGAGCUGCAAACCAUGUAUCUUGAGAGACCCGGUCAGAGCAUUUCUGUGGUAACCCGAGGCAACGCUCUGAUUAGUCAGAUCUCACGAGACACAUGGUCUGCAACUCUGCACACUGCGGAGCUACAGACCGGCAGUCACUGGCGCUCUCCUACUGUGCAGACGGCAUGGAGGGGCCUUGCACGGUUUAUCGAGCAAGCCGCGGGGCCCCCUCCUGGUGUUGGGUCCUCAGUCACUGACCGAUGACCUGACAAAGUCUGCCCUAAGGCGAUUUAGGCGGCCGUGAUUAAAAUAGACUUAAUUAGAGAGCUGCCUCUGAGUCUGGGGCUGCUAAAUAUGGCCCAAGUUGACAGAUGGGAGCAUCUGGUAUUGAAAGCCCCAGACCGACAAAGCCCAGGCUGACAAAGCCCAGGCUUUGUUUGGCCUAAUGGCACAGCCUAACUGGAUUAAGGGUUUAAUCAAGGGGAAUGGUACAGCUCAAGCCCCAGCUAAAUUCUUUGUCAUUUAGAAAUUAAAACAUUUUGGUAAUUGCAGACCUAGCCACACCUCCCCUGGCUUAGUCUCACACAGCCUUCCUACACAUUUUCUGAAAAAGAGUCAAAAUCUUUAGCUUAUUUUUUGCACAAUGCGUUUAAUUUAGAAUGUAUUACCUCCUGCUCUUUGAAUAGAAUACUAGAGCCUGCAACAGCUUCACGUGUGUGAUUAAAUUUCAGUUAAAAGACCAGCAAAUAAAACAUUCUAAAGUAGACACUGUGUUGUAACAACUGAUUGAAGAUGAAACCAUUUUUUCCAUGUAGGCUGUGUGAGUCACAGCCAGGGGAGGUGUGAUUAGGGCUGCAUAAACAGAAACAAACGUUGUUUAACUCCUAAAUGGCAGAUAAUUUAACAGUGAGACUGCAGGGGCAUGAUAUAAAUUAUAUUUGUGGGAAUUAGAGAAACUUCUGCUGAAGUUCUCUCUCUACUAGCGGGGUAGUGCUGGAAUGAAAAGCUGCCUAUGCUAUAUUUUCCUUUAGGAGAAGGGACAGACACUGGGUGGAAUAGUUCUGGGUCUCAAGCCUGGGACCAGUCAUCCUGCUUCUACCUCACUUAAGGAAUCCUUUUAAUUGCACCUGCAAACUAAGGAACUAUUAGAUCAGCAAGGAUUAAAUUCAGGAAUAAAAACCAGCCCUGGAAAUAAUUGCAUACCAGCACAACAGCAUACAAUUUAAUACACUGUCUCCCUCCCUCCAAUUUAAUACACUACACCCUCCUCCCUAUUCAAUACACUGUCCCCCUUGCCCCAAUUGAAAAGAUUGCCCUCCCCUCCCUCCUCCCAAUUUAAUACACUGCUGCACCUCCUACCAAUUUAAUACUCUCACCCCUCACAAUUUAAUACACUGCCCCUCCCCACAAUUUAAUACAUUGCCCCCCCCUCCUCCCAAUUGAAUACACUGCCCUCCCCUUCCCUCCCCCAUGUAAUACACUGCCCCUUCCUCCCAAUUUAAUACGCUGCCCCCUUCUCACAAUUUAAUACACUGCCCUCCUCCACCUAAUUUAACAAAACUGCCCUCCCCCAAUUCAAUACACUGCCCCUCCUCCUUUUUCAAUGCAGUGUCCACCUCCCCACUAUUUAAUACACUGCCCCCCUCCUCACAGCCUCCCCACGAUUUAAUACACUGCCCCGUCCCCACAAUUUAAUACACUGCCCCCUCCUCACAAUUUAAUACUGUCCUACCCACAAUUUAAUAUACUGUUCUACAGCUCAUUUUCCCUUACCUCAAGAUGAGCUGUCCAUCAGUUUCAGCCUGGCCUGCACAAUCUCUUCUCUGCUCAAGCAGGCACUGCGAGCAGUAGGGAAGGAGGAGUGAGUGGCUGGCCUGGUCUGCAGUAAAGCUUCGCCCAUGCACUGUUCAUAUCCGGCAGGUGGCGUGGGCAAAUACUUUAUGCUCUUGUGGCCAUGGCUGGUCACAAAAGCACGCGAUUGGCCACGGCCCGUGGGAGCGCAGACUGUCUUGAGGCUGAUUGCAGCGCACAACGGGACCCUGGGCAGGCGGCCUACUCGAAAAUCUCCCAGUAUCCUGGUAGGCCAGUUCAGCCCCGAUUAAAUUAUACCCAUGCUUACCUGGGAACUCUCCAGGUUUGCACUAGUUGCUGUGGUAUCAUAAUUAAUAUUGGUCUUCAGAAUAGUAUCCUAAACUUUGGGUACAGUGCAGCAAUACUGAACUCUGUCCAUGCAGUGGUUCCAUUUUAAACCUGAGAACAACAUGUAAACAACCAAGGACAGACACUUCUGCUAGUUCUUUUUGCAAUCUGCACGCUUUGGUUAGGAUAACUAGGCACAACAUAACAGAAGUUGCAUAAGGUUAAAAGUGAGGGUAGCGCAUAGCUAAUAUCACAGAGGGUGUAGUAUAUGUGCAGGCAGAAGAAUGCAGCAAAAUAUAGUGUAGUACAUCUUGCGAAAAAGCUGACAUAAUCAAAAUCGGCAAGGAGGCAGGACAGGGAUGGGGCCAAACGCUGACUUGGCCAAUCAGCACCUCCUCAUAGAGAUGCAUUGAAUCAAUGCAUCUCUAUGAGGAAAGUUCAGUGUCUCCAUGCAAAGUGUGGAGACGCUAAAAGGCAGUACUGCACACUAGUAGCCAUCUGAGGAGUGGCCACUGGAGGUGUACCUAAGGGGCAAUGUAAACACUGCCUUUUCAGAGAAAAAAUGUUUGCAUGGAAAUGCCUGCAGGGAAUGAUUAUGCUCACCAGAACAACUACAUUAAGCUGUAGUUGUUCUGGUGACUAUAGUGUCCCUUUAGGUACACAUAGCUGUCUUUGAAGAAAUGUAGACUUCUGCAAAUGUUAGAACAUGUUUGUACAAUAGACAGUUAAAUAUAUUCUUCUAGAUUAUUAAUCUGUUUUUCAGUAUGGCAAUGCACAUAUCUGUUUAGCUAUGUGGUCCAAAAACAUGUAUAAGUAACCUUAAAGCAAACAAUAUAUUUGAUUUCAGCUGAAUGCGAUGACAACCAAAUGUCAAAGAAGGCAAAAGACAAGAAAGUGACAAACGUGGUGUCAGCAAGGACUGCCAACAAACCAGCAACAAAGAAACCCAAACCAGAUAUGGUAAAACAAAAGGCUAAGUCUGUCAUUUCUCCUGUUCAAAGAAACGGUGCUGGAUCCAUUCUUUCUCAAGUUGUUCAAAGAGGGAAGUUUCAACAGUUAGGUGAUACAGUAACAGUGAAGGCUGGUCAGACGUUGGACCUGCGCUGUAAAGGAAUGUCCGUGCGCUGGAAUUACCCACAUUACUUGCAAGAGGAUGAUGAAGGAAGACUAAGGUAAUGGAAAAAAGCUUUGUGGACACUGUAAGCACAUCUAGAUAUUAUAAAACAUAAAUCAAAAUUAAUAUUAGUAAAACAUUAUAUAACAUUAUUAAAUAAUCAAGUAAUGGAUAUUUUACCAAAGUAUUGGAAUAAAAUACACAUAUAGGACUCAAGACCUCUUAGCCCUCCUCCCCCUACUAGGGAUAACCCAGACUUCCUAGGAGGAAUUAGCAGCUAUUUGUUAAUUUACUUUUGUACCAUCUAAUAAACUCUAGAAAGUCCUUCCUGAAUGUUAGCCUCGAGCUAUGCCUGCCGUAACAAUCCUACUGAUGUGGGGGGAUUUGUGUAUAUACCAAAUUACUUCUAAAACCAUUUACAUUAUAUAGAAACCAUGGUAAUAUUUUUUCUGCUGUUUGUGAUAAUAAUGAUGAUUAUUUCUCUAAACAUAUUGAUUACUUUCAAACUAGAAGCUAUGAAAAUCUAGAAAAUGUAAAUUUUCACUGAAAUAAAUAAGGAGUCAUUUUUUUUAUCCCAAUUUGGUUCACAAACCAUUAGUUAGUUAGUUAGUUAAUUACAUAGGCUGAAUAUAGACACGGGUCCAUCAAGUUCAGCCUUUCUCACAUUUGUUUUUUGCUGUUGAUCCAAAAGAAGGCAAAAAAAAACAAUUUGAAGCACAUCAAAUUUUGCAACAAACUAGGAAGAAAACAUUCCCUCUUGACCCCAGAAUGGCAGUCAGAUUGAUCCUAUAGUUGAAAAAUUAUAUAAAUGAAUAUUCUGUUUUUGCAAGUAUGCAUCUAGUUGCUGUUUAAACAUAUGUAUGGACUCUGAUGAAACCACUUCUUCAGGCAGAGAAUUCCACAUCCUUAUUGUUCUUUCCGUUUCCAGUCUAAACGCAUGACCUCAUGUCCUAUGUAGAUUCCGGUUUGUGAAUAGAUUUCCACACAAUGGUUUGUAUUGGCCCCAGAUAUAUUUGUAUAAUGUUAUCAUAUCCCCUCUGAGACAAUAUUUUUCUAAACUAAAGGGUUAAAUUUGUUAACCUUUCUUCAUAGCUAAAAUGUUCCAUUCCUUUUAUUAAUUUUGUAGCCCGUCUCUGCACUUUUUCUGGUGCCGUAAUAUCCUUCUUUAGAACAAGUGCCCAAAAUUGCACAGCAUAUUCAAAAUGUGGUCUUACCAGUGAAUUAUAAAGAGGCAAAAUGAUAUUUUCAUCCUGAGAAUUAAUGCCAUUUUUCAUGCACGACAAUACCUUACUGGCCUUAGCCACUGCUGAUUGACAUUGCACAUUGUUGCAUAGUUUGUUGUCUAUAACAAUUCCUAAAUCCUUAUCGUGUGUUGUUAUCCCUAAUUCGCUUCCGUUAAGGGUAUACGUUGCUUGUGCAUUCUUUACACCGAAGUGCAUAACUUUGCAUUUUUCUACAUUAGAUUUCAUCUGCCAUUUGAGUGCCCAGACCCCCAGCCUAUCUAAAUCCCUUUGCAGCAAAGUAAUAUUUUGGUCACAUUGUGUUAAUUUACAGAGUUUUGUGUCAUCUACAGACACUGAAACAUGACUUUCAAUGCUUUUUUCAAGAUCAUUUAUAAACAUGUUAAAUAGAAGGGGUCGCAGAACAGAAACCUGAGGGAUACCACUUGCCACCUCUGUCCAGCAUGAAAAUUUACCAUUAAUGACAACUCUUUGUACUUUAUUUGUAAGCCAAUGUUCUACCCAAGAACAAGAUUUUUCAUUUAGACAGAUUUCUUUGAGUUUGAACACUAAUCUAUUGUGUGGAACACAAGAUGCAUUUAGAAACAUCCAAUAGGCUAACACCAGCACUUUAUAUUUCAGGAUUAAACAUUUCAGCCGAUAUAGCCAGCUCCUGGUAGCAAAUACAACAGGUGCAGACACUGGUGAAUACAGUUGUGGGGGUUACCAGUGUGAAGGUAAUAAUUGCCAAGAUGGAGUUGAGAAAACAGGCAAGACAUUUGUAUUUGUUACAGGUGAGUUACUGUCAGAAUGAAAAUAUAUUUAUUAGAACUACACUGGCUAAAAUGACUAGAGCUAGCAUUGAAUACAACCAUGAUUGAUAAGUAAAGUGCAUGAUCAGGGCUGGACUGGGACAGAAAUUCACUCCGGGCAAGACAGAGCAGUCCAAAAAGAGGGAGCAGGGUACUUGUUGUGUUGGUAGCAAAGCACAAGUGAAUUUCAUUAAAUGCUUGUUCUGUGUUUGCUUGUGAUUUGUCUCUAGUGUCUCCAUAUGGGGAAUAACAAGUCAAAAGAGGGAUGGAGUCAAGAGCAGGUGCUUUUUGUGGAUAAGUAUGUUUAGUUUUUUUUCUAAUUCUUUAUUUUUAGUAUGCAGGUAGUUACAACAGUGCCUGUGUCGCCACAACAGCAUUAGCAGGCUCGAUUUUUAUAGACAUAUGAUAGCAGUAUUGUGGCAAGUUGGGUAUGCAUACAUUUUUUUUUUAAAGUGAAAAGGGUAACGAUACAGCAAACGAGCUAUCAACAAUAUGGUUUAAGCUAAAUUAGUGCGACUAGCUUGAAUCAUCAUGUGAGAUCGACAGGCUUGUAUACUUAGAGAAAACAGUAAUGUACAAUUCGCUUGCUGUGUUUUAAAAACGCACAAAUUUUGGUUAACAAAACUGGCUAGGUACAUGUUGGUUGGAAAAAAAUAAACAACAAGAGAAGUAAUUGCUAGACCUUUCAUUUGUUGCAGGUUAAUUGCUGGUUUUAACAGGUUUACUUUGUGUUGGCUAGUCUGCGUUCUAUAUGUCACAUGUGUGUGAUUACCGCUGGGCAUUUAAGUAAACUAAUUAAAGUGUUGGCGUAAUUGGGGGGACAUCUCAUUGUGGUUACGGGUCUAGAGAUGGGGCAUUAGGUCUCAUAAUCCUCUUGGGUGUGACAGUUUUGGUAUCCCUGACUUGGUAUGAGGAAUGAUUUGUCUCUCCCGAAACCAAAAGGGGGAUGUGAGCUGGGUUCCCCGUUAGUUAUCACAUGCACAGUUAUGGUGGAGGUAAGAUUCGAGCUAUGGUAUCACUGCAUGACUCUGAAAACUCCUGGCUCAUUACUAGUCUGCACCUGCUGUGGGAGUCGCAUAGUGGGUUUGAGUCAGGUAAUUAGUAGAGCGCUUGUUAAGGGAGAGUUAACAUAAACCAAACAACAACAUAUUAUAUUGUAGAAUCAUCUGGUAAGCGUGUUAAUAAAAAUAAGACGUCUCCUAACUGUACAUUUCCACUUUAGCAGAUACGCUAGGAGCCUGGCUGUAGUCAGAUUAAAUCAACAGAGAAAACAAGUAAAAUGGCAUAUGAUUAGCCGGCCAAAAUGUAUCUAUACAGGGGAGUACAAGAACAAAACAAAAAAACCCUCAAGGUUAUAGUGCGCAGGGAGCACUGUUAGGCUAUGCUUGUUAUUUAGAAUUAGGUUGCAGUAAUAUCUAGACUGUUAAUAUAAUGACAGCAGGCUUCCCUGGUGUAACCGUCUGCAGAGCAGUUAGGUAUGUGGCACCUUCAUCUUUUUCCUUUAUGGUAAGCAUGUAAGGUUAUUGUCUGAAUCAGUGUUAGUUCUCAUCAUGUGUAUCUCUUAAUCGAGGUACACCCUGUACUGGUAACUGGGGUGGGAAACAAAAACAAGUUAUUUUGCCAUAGAGUGGGGACCAGGCUACGUAUAACAUAAGAAACCGAUGCCACUGGGUUUGACAGUGAUAAUCAUAAACAUAAAAAUUAACAUUAUAUUAUCUGAAUUGGUGUCCAUGUGAGUCCCGGUCGUCAGCUGCUCCUGUUCAGGUGGUUGCAGCUACAUAAGAGUCCGAGGCGAUCCGUCGUGAGACAAAGGGGGGAAUCUUCGUGGGGUCCCAGGAGCUAGAGGGCGCUAGUUCAGGUUGCGUGUCUCGGGUAAGGGCUUCUGGGGGUAGCCCCAGGGCUGAUAGAAGUCCGGCAUCCUCUUGGAGGUUGUGGAUGGCGUGUGGAGUGGCUCCGUGGUGCACCAGCAAUGUGCGGGAGAGCUUCCACUGGUAGGGGACAUUUUUCUGUUGUAGGAGCGCGGUCAGCGGCCGGAGCGUUUUCCUCCAUGCCAGGGUGCUCCCCAAGAGGUCGGCGUAGACUGUGAGGGGCAUGUUCUCGAAAUUAUAAGGUGAGUGUCCUCUUAGUGCCGUUAGGACAGCGGUUUUGUCUGACCCGCUUUGAAACUGGACCACCAGGUCCCUGGGGGCAUUGUUUGGGGCCCUGAUGGGUUUGGGUACUCGGAAUUGGCCCUCUUCGUAUAGCUGGUUUUGGUGUUGUAAUUCCUGAACUGUUUGCUGGAGCGACAAUAAUUGUUGGGAGUGCUCCUUGGUGGUGAGUUCGAGUUUCCCGAUGCGGCCUGUGAUGCCCCUCAGGUCCCCUCGGAUUGUGGCUAUGUCCGCUGAGAUAUUUCUCUGGAGCUCGGCCAGCAUCUCUUUUAGGUCGGAUUUAGUCACUGCUGGGUCCUGUGAUCUCCGCAUGAGACUCUCUGAUGCCGGCGGGUAUUCCAUUUCAUCUCCUAGUGAGUCGUCCUCAGAAAACUCGGAGCAACCUCCAGUGAGGGUGGCCAUCUUGGGCCCAGUGGUACCAUGCGCCUGCCGCCAUAGGUCUCCAAUUGUUAGCCCUGGACUGGGCUUGUUUGGUCUGAGCUUUUUGUUCCUGCGUCCCAUCUGGGUCUUGUUGGCGAGGGUGAUCCCCUUAAACACUGUGGGUGCAAUUAAGUUGAAUAUUUCACCCGAUAUUGGCUUUCUUGGUGAGGAGCUCUAGAAACGUGCGACCAGUCUCUGCAGCAGUCGGCUCCGCCCCCAAGUAUGUGUUUUGAUGGGAAAUAGGUUCUGACAUGUGUGGGGUAGAACCAUCUAUAGACUGUAGGAGACUGUAGGAGAAACUGCAGUUAUAUUGGUGCAAAAAAUGUAGUUAAAAAAAAAGUUUGUGUUCCACUCCCUCUUUCUUAUCUUAGGCCUGGAAGAGGGGAAUUCGUGCCCUGGUGGUCUAAUGUUGUGCCACCACUGUGGAAGGUAUCAGAGCACUUCCAUGGUAACUAGUGACAACACACUGAUAUGCUGGCCACAGCAAUUUAUACGCUCUGCACACACUUGGGACUGCAGAUACCAGGCACACAAUGACCGCCCCUUCAUAACACUGGGCUGGCCUCCAUGGGCAGGCACUCAGGUAGUGUCGAUCCAACAGGGGCUGGCUGGGAAGAUUCUUUGAUCAUCCCUGUUGGCUUCAGGCAUUUUGCCUGGUUUGAUCGAUGGCCAGACUGACAGGGUUUUUCACUAAAGUGAGAAUUCAAAGUGAAUUUCAGAUUUAAAGUCAAAAUAGCCAAACCGGAGAAAAAGCUAUAGUUUAGCCAUACUUCCAGUUCAGCUACUUUGACCUUAAAUUUUAAUAUCAGUUUGAAUUCAUUUUGAAUUCUCACUUUAGUAAAUAACCCUCUUGGACUGUGUAUGAUGUUAGAACCUGUCAUGGCAGAAAUGCAUAUAAAUAUGUGUAAUAAAAUAUGUAUUAGCAAGGUGUACUAAAAUAUUGUGGCGUGCAUACAUAAAUAUAAAUAUUACACUAUAACACUAUUAACCCGUGUAAUGCUAUGAAAUAGCUUAUUAUUUAUUUCAGCUUAACUAUUACAUUUAUUUUAGCAUGCCUCCUUAUGUCCAUUACUAAUCUUCUCAAUAUCCAUUUAGACCCCCAGGAACUCUUUGUCCCUACCGAAGACUAUUAUGUGGUUGUUCAGAUGCGGACACGACAGCCAACUCUUCUUCCAUGCCAGGUGACAAACCCUCUUGCCAAAGUAACCCUGCAUCGAGAAUUUCCUCCUGAGCAGAUCCGUGUUGAUGGGGUAAAGAUUGCCUUUGAUCUCCAAAAGGGAUUUGUCAUUUACCAGCCUCAACUGUCUCUCGCAGGGUCCCUGUACUGCAUUGCAGAGCUAGGAAACCUUCGUCAAAUGUCCACAAAGUAUAUGUUGAUCUACGUUCAUUGUAAGAGCACCUUUCUUUCAUUAUCACCAGAUCUGUCUUACAGGAGAAUAUAGUUUGUUUUUAUUAUUGUACAUUAAAAAUAUAAACAAAUGGGAUGCUAUCACUCAACAAAGGGUAACUUUUUCCUGGUCUAAUGUCCUAAAGAUAAUCUAUUUUAUAUAAAUAGAAAAUAUAUAUUUGCAUAGUCUUAUGCAAGAAAGCUAAUGGUUUAAUUUGUACUUCCAGUUGUUGGUCAGGUAUAGAGAUUAACUAAGCACGGGUACGUGGAGAUAUGCGUCAUCCUAUUAAUGUUAAUGAUGCAUGUUGUACUUGGGAUAGAAAUCACAGUAGAUGGUUUGCCCAGAGGUUAGCUAUUUCUGAUUAGAUAAUUUUCCAGUAAAUGAGGACCUAGUGAUUUUGUUAUAAACUGUACAUCCUUCUCUGCAAUAUUUGGGUUUGCUCUUUGGAAUAUAUAGGCUCUUUUUAGCUGGUUAUCAAUGAACAGUACCAAAGGUUAUUUUGGGAAAAGUACUUUUAGCACUUUGGAUGGCUGGAUGAGCACCUAGACCUAGCACCUAGCACAUAAGAGAGAGAUUUACAUAUAAGGGGCUGAUAGAUGUAUGCAUAAUGAAGGCAUGGACAAACAGUCAUGAAAAAAGGAGCUGAAUGCAGACUAUAAAUACAGUGUAUAAAUUAUGUCUGUUUGAGCUAAUAAAGCAGAUGUACACCUAACAUUCAGUCUCGGUUAAUGUAUGGGGGGAAAGCUAUACCAGCUAUAAUCACUUAAUCGGUUGGAUAGCGCUAUUUCACAUUAGGGAAAGGGAAUCCGUGGCUGCGAUACUCGGGUGGUCCGCCACAUUUGAUAUAACUUUGUUUUUGCCAUCUGUGUACGCACAUCAUUUACAGAAUCCAGCAACACGUUGCUUGACAGUAUAGUGUAACUAUGAAACAAGUGUCCUUGUGGAAGAAAUACAUAGUACAGUUUAUUAUUGAGUAAUUUUUUUUAACUAACCCUUAAAGUGGGAGGGUUUAAAAUUAUUCUGUAAACGUGUUUGCUUGAUUGAACUGUUUAACAUGUGUUUAUAUGAAAUAUGCAUUGCAAUAAAGAAUUUGUCUGCUUAGCUUUGAAUCUGAACAUAACAUAAAAGACAUGGCACACUUAUAACCAAUUUAUAAGAAUUAACUUUAUUCUUGCUACACUUAUUCCAGAUCCGUCUGCCCCACCUAAUCCUUCCGUAGAAGCGUCAGUAAACUCAGUGAAAGCAGGAGAAAAUUUUGUUGUCACCUGCACAGUUUUGGGAGAUGUAGAGGUCGGUGUGGAAUUUACAUGGGAGUAUCCUGGGCAGCAGGUAAGGGUAUUAUUGUUAUAAUUAUAUUGUAUUUAUAAAGUCCCAACACAUUCCGUAGCGCUAUACAUGGGUACAAUUGGUACAAGUAAAAAGACAAAAAGUACAAUACACUGAUCAGCCACAACAUUAAAAUCACACUAUAGAUGAAGUGAAUAACACUGAUUAUAUUAUUACAAUGGCACCUGUCAAGGUGUGGGAUAUAUUAGGCAGCAAAUGAACAUUCAGUUCUUGAAUUUCAUGUGUUGGAAGCAGAAAAAAUGGACACUCAGAAAGAUGAUAAGGACCAAAUAGUGAUAGAUAGAGCAUCUCCAAAAUGGCAAAUCUUGUGUGGCGUUCCAGGUUUGCAGUGGUUAGUACCUACCAAAAUUGGUGCAAUGAAGGACAACCGAUCUCAGUGUCAUGACUCCCAAGCUCCUUGAUGCACAUGGAGAGCGAAAGCAAACCCAUCUUAUCCAAUCAUGCGAACAGCUACUGAAGCUCAAAUUGCUGCAAAACUUAAUGCUGGCAAUGAUAGAAAGGUGUUGGAACACACAGUGUUUACCAUGUAUGGGGCUGCCUAGUUGCAGAGCAGUCAGAGUGCACUUGCUGACUCCUGUCCACCAGUGAAAGCACCUUUAAAGGGGUUAUGAGUAUCAGUACUGGCAAAAACUCAAUACUUCUUGAGAUCUUUUUCAGUCUUAGCAUCUGAGAAGCUGAGUCCAGGUUGCUUGAAUACAUGCUUACUUUGAAAAGUACUAGAUGUGAUAACUGUUGUAUUUUAAUUCAAUUCAUUAAUUUGUGAUAGAUUGGAUAGACACCUGAGAUCAUCACCAUCCAAACCGAAAGUUUGAUUCACUACUAUAGAAACAGAAAAUGUUUUAAAGCUUUUUUUUUUUAAAUCAUAAAAUCAGUGUAGAAUAUUGAGAGGUCGAUCCUAUCUCCACACUGAGACUGAAGAACAAGAAAAAACAGGUACAGGGUCACAUUUUGUGAAUUAAUUCAACAUAGAAACAUUAGAAGAAGUUAAAUUUUUUUAGUGAUUUGUAUUUUUAAAAUGUAUUUGUCCUAACUCUUCACUGCUUUAUCAUAGAUCGGAAGGCCUCCUUAUGUAAGAGAGUAUACAGAACAAAUUCGCAGAGGUGGCCAACUGAUGCAGGAAUCAAAGAGUAUUUUGUCUGUAGAUGGGGCUAGAGCGGUGGAUGAAGGAACAUACACUUGCACUGCUCAAAAUUUGCAGGGGACAACAUCUGUAACCACCAGAGUCACUGUAUUCGCACCUGCUACAACCACCAGAGGAUGAAGCCAGGGGUAACAAGCUGAGGCUCGAUAAAUUCCUUGAUAAAAAGAUCAUCUUUCACUCAACAGUUAUGAAAUCCAUUAAAUGGACAUAAAUCAACAUUAGUAUCUUCCUAGGGUUAACCAUCCGUGCAGCUAGUUCCCAGAGAAAUUUGUUAGGCAUCAUUCUUCUGAAAUGAUAGCGUAACAAUACUAAUAAGACCAACCUGCAAACAUCCCAAAGCCUCCAAGGUCCUAUCUGUUGGUAAUUAAUCAUGAAAAAAAAUACUAGCAUACCUGUUUAACAUUAUUUUCCGAACCUAGAACAAUGUGAUAUACAGCAAAUACACAUUCUCUUGUAGCCAUCAGUGGCAUUGCAUGUUUGUGAAUUACAUUUCAUUCAGUAAAACUAACAAGAGCAUCAUGAGGAAUAUAAUUCACAAAUAUCUACAUGCUCAGACUUAGCCACCACUGCUCUAAGGUUUCACUUUUGUGACAUGAAAUCCCUUCAUAGACAUAACUGCUUGAGGACAAGCAAAGUCUAUAAAUAUUAUGGUAUGACAUAUCAGCAGAUGCAAUUUUCACCCAACAUUGGUAACUCCCUGCAGUCCAUUAUUUUACUAAUUUUAAAUGGGAACUAUCACUUUUAUGGAAUUAACACUGCUGAAUAAAACAUUAAAAAUCAUCCAUAACGUAUGUAAACCAUGUUUCUCAAUUUAAUAUUAAGCAAAUAACAUCACAUACCAGAUGGGACAAAGCAAAGCCAGGGCAAACUUAAAUGAAGAGGAGAAAUAGAAACAUUGUUUAAUUUCUUCUCUUGCCUGUAUGAUUAGGUUGUGCUGACUAACAGGUGCAAUGGACAGAGUUUUAACAAUGAUGGGGGUGCCUAGUGGUACAAUAUAAAGGUGUAGAUAAGCUACAUUUAAUUUGGUUUAUCAUGCCUCACAAUGCAUAUUUGUAAAGUAUAGGGAUAACCAAACAUACUAUUAAAAAUCCUUUAAAGGAACAGAAUUUCAUGACUGUUCUUUUAGAUGACUGAAUUUAAUAAAGGGAAACUGUCAUGCAAAAAGUCCCAUUUAAAUGUCAUACUUUUCGUUAUUCACAAUACAGAUUAAGGAACAGCGCACUCAUAAAAAACAUUUCUAAAUUCUUUAAGCCUACUUAAAAUCGCCCAUCUCAUCAAACAAAUGUGGGGAUUCAGUUCCACCAUAUGGCCAUAUUGUGUUAAAGGAGCACUAUAGGGUCAGUGUAUUCCUGACCCUAUAGGGAUAAAACCACCAUGGUCCCCUCAUGCCUCCCUAAAUAUAGUAAAAUCUUACUUGUAUUCAAGUCUGCAGCUGCUUAUUUUGUGCCUGUUUCCUUUAGACCUGCCUGCUGACAUCAGCAGAAGUGGUAGCCUGAUCCAAUCACAAUGCUUCCCCAUAGGAUUGGCUGAGACUGACAAGGAGGCAGAUCAGGGGCAGAGCCAGCAUGAUUCAAACCCAGCCCUGGCCAAUCAGCAUCUCCUCAUAGAGAUGAAUUGAAUCAAUGCAUCUCUAUGAGGAAAGUUUAGUGUCUGCAUGCAGAGGGAGGAGAUACUGAAUGUUUGGAUGCAUUUUAGGCAGUCAUGACCCAGGAAGGAUCUCUAACAGCCAUCUGAGGAGUGGCCAAUGAAGUUAUCACUAGGCUGUAAUGUAAACACUGCAUUUUCUCUGAAAACACACUGUUUACAGCGAAAAGCCUGAAGGUAAUGAUUCUACUCACCAGAAAAAUUCAAUAAGCUGUAGUUGUUCUGGUGACUAUAGUGUCCCUUUAAGCCCACUACCGCUUUACAGUAACCCAAUAUUCAAGAUGUAUGUCCCAUGUGUGCCCCCACACGUGCUAUGUUUUCAACUGCAGGGUUAAAACUAGAGGGACCUGGCACCCAGACUACUUAAUUGAGCUGAAGUGGUCUGGUUGCCUAUAGUGGUCCUUUAAACACCAAAUGAUAUGCUAAAAUAAGCAAGCUGCGACUAUAGCAAAAUAGGACAGUUUUUUUAAAAUCAUGACUUCUUAAAUAUAGUGAAGCUACUGUAUUUGUGUAUAUUCACUUAGCCAACAUUGAUGUUGGCUAGAAUUUUAGCCAACAUCAAUGUAAAGCAGAGCUAUUCUACGAACUAUAGACAUUCUGCAAACAUGACUGUGGUCUGUAGGUGGCAAUAUUGUGCAAGACGUUGUUUGCAGUCAUUGUUCUAUGAAGACACAGGGGAUGGAGGAGAGGGACCUUUUGAAGUUUAUACAAUUUAUUGUAACAUUGCUUUAAUAUAUCUUUUUCUCAAAAAAGUGUGAACAUGUGUUGUGGUUCUUUAGUUUGUAUGUGAUUAAACAAGCCACUUAUUGAAAUGAUGCCUGCAACCAUCUCACCCUUUAUAAUAUAGACCACCUCCAUAUACAACAGAACCCUUUAUUAAUAACUGUUACAUACCUACAAUAGUUUCAAGUACUCCACUUUAUGAUUCUAUUUUGAUUAUGAGACAUGUUUUGAGUAUAGCAGACAUAGAAAAAGGGUAAAGGCAGGGUAACAUUGCUUACAGGCAGCUAGAAAACACAUUUAACAAUGUGGAUGCCCUAUUCAUAGAAUUAUGGUCACACUAAUCAUUGUUAGUCAAAAGGUUUGUUGUAUUUUUAAGUUCCUGAGCUCAAAUUCAAAAUGUCUACCCUGGCUAAGUGCCGCCUGGAACCAUGGUCACAUGGUCCCAUUCGAGCCUAUGGACGGCACAGCCCUGUUAUGUGUAUUUUAUCUGGGCUGACAAAGCUUUUAAUAACGACUGUCAGGGAAUAACGAUGCAAGCACCCAGUUUCAGGAUAAAUAUUCUACAUUUAAUUUUUAUUUUUAAAGCCUCACAAAUGCAUAUUUGUUAAGUAUAGCGAAAUAGAAAUAUACAACCUUAUAAUAAAGCAGCGUGGUGGGCAGUAUCUAUAAAAAAAAUAUAUAAAUCGUACACAGUGUGAUAAAAGGAGAGAGAGAGAGACAGAGAGAGACAGACAGACACAGACACACGCAAGAUGUUUGGUUUAACUCACAAAAUGUAAGUGAAUAUCAGGCCUAUCAUCCUAAAUCAGAAAUUAUCUUCAGAAUAUUAUGGAGUUGAUCUUCUUUAGCACUUGUAAAUAGAAAGAAACCAGAAGAUAGUGCAGAUGAGACUUAAAACAGCAAAUAUUUAUUACAAAUGCACUUACAAAAAAUCCAGAUAAAAACAGCAUAUAUCCACUGCAAGGAGGAGCAACGGAUACAGCACUGCAAGUCCCCAACGUAAAAAUCCAAUGCGUUUCCUCCACUGCACUUCCUCAGGGAUGUAGACUAACUCUUUCAGAAACCUUCGUAUAAAUAUGCUGCCAGAAUAAUAAAAUGUAAUCAACCUGUGGUGUAGAUGCGUUGCGUGCGUGUCACGCUGGAACGCACGUCAGAGUCUGGCAUCACUUCCGGUUCGGCAAUGAAUGUGCUAUGCGUUCCAAGCUGGAACGCAGGAAAAAACUGCCGGUGGGAUCAUGAAACAUACAGCAUACUAAGAAGUGUCCCAUCAUGAAGGGGCAUAAAUCUAGGAUGUACAUAUACUAAAAAAAGCCCUUAUGGGGCAAAAGAAAAACUUGACACCUAUAUAAAAAGGAAUCAUGACAUAUCACACAUGUCAUGUGUCCUUAAGGGGUUAAACAAAUUCUUAUAAAAGGAGGAUCCAGAGAAGAGACCCUCAGUCUUUUUCCUGUCCUUACAGCCCUUAGGAAGGGAGCUUUUUUUUUUUUUUUUUAAGCUCCCUCUAUAAUUUUAAAUACUCUACUACUUUCACCAUUUCUUUUGCAGUGUGCUGUAAAGUGCACAGUGUAUGAUUUAAUUAAUCCCUACAAUCCUCUUUCUAGGUGAUUCCCCUUUUUACCCGGUUUUAUUCUUACCAGGUCAGUCCUGAGACCUUUAGGAGUCUUCCUAACUGCAAUUAGGGUCCCUGGCAUUCCGUCCUCGGUUUUCCCAGGUUGGGAGCUCGGAUAGGACGCCUGCACAUGCGCAAUGCGCUCGGUUCGUUUUGGCGCCAGAAUGCAGUCUGGGUAAGGUCGCGGUGGCCUUCUUUACUAUGUGCAAAAUCCAAAAAUUACAGGUAAUUUGCAGAAAACGCCAGAAACAGGUUAGUAAAUGGCUGGUACUAUUUAAAAGAAGCUGGAACUCGAAGAGGUUGUUGUGGAUUCAGUUAUUUUACAAUUUGAAUUGGAUUAUCUAAAAGAGAAGCUAGAACUCUGGAAUCAUUUCUAUUCUUUGCCACAGGUUUGUGUAUUUCUGAUAUACAUGUAUCCCUUUAUUUUGAUAAUUUGUUUUGUGUAUUCUAAAAGAAUUAUUUUAAAUUCUUUAUUGUAAUAAGCACAUUAUGAGCUCUACUAGUAGGAACCCUUUACCCUGUUCAGCAGAAUCUAGGUGAGUAGGACUCCAUACAUAUUUUAUAUAUAACGUUAAUGAUGUUUUUACUCUCCAUAUACUAACAGUUACUUAUACUACUUUUAGUAAUGGAGAACAGUGUAUAUCAUCUCCCCCACGAAAGAGGAGACAGAAGUCAGACCCCUGUGCAGGAUGUGAUGGGAAGGCAUUGGAAGGCAAACAGCUGUGCUUAAACUGUUUGCAGAAGGUGGCCACUCCAGCAGCCGUAACACCCACUCAGGCACCAGAUAUCCUGACUUGGAUCCGACAGGAGGUGGCUCAGGGCAUCUCAGAGGCCAUGGAGGCAAGUAAUCGGUCCGUGAAAAGACCAAGACAGAGACUGGUAUCCUCAGAAUCAUCUGUCUCAGAAUACCAGGGUUCAGCUGAAGAAUUUCAGGUUCUCGAUCAAAUUUAUUCUAGUGAGAACGAAGAAGAGGUCUUGUCGGAAUAUCUAGGCGCCAAGACGGUGGAUAAACUCAUCCUGAAGGUAAGAAAGACCCUAGAAUUACCAGAAGAUCUUCCUAAACCUGAAGUUUCUGAAAAACAUUUUGCGGAUCUUAGGAAGCAGAAGCCUUCCUUCCCUCUUCACAGAGCCAUUAAGGAGGUGGUUACCGCAGAAUGGGAAAAACCUGAUAAAAAGGUUCCAUUUCAGGGCAGGCUAUCCAGGCUUUACCCUUUGGAGGAGAAAACUUCAAAAAAAUGGACGACACCUCCAAACGUUGAUGCUACCAUCUCUAGGUUUGCUAGGAGAACUAGUCUACCACUGGAUAGUACAGCCUCCUUGCGGGAACCAAUGGAUAAGAGAUUGGAUUCUGAUCUUUCCAAGAUAUAUUCAGCGGGAGGUACUGGAUGCCAUCCAGCUGUUUGUCUUAUGGCGGUGUCCAGAGCCAUGAAAAGUUGGAUAAAAGACCUGGAUACAGAUGUGGAAAGAGGAAUUAAGAGAACAAACCUCAGGGAUUCUAUUUACGACCUUCGGAUAGCUACGGAAUUUGUCGCUCAAGCUGCCCUGGAUAUCACCAGGAUCUUCUCCUGCACCAUGGCCCUCUCGGUAGCAGCUAGGAGAGCUUUAUGGUUGCAUUAUUGGGGUGCGGAUUCCUUUUCCAAGGCCAAUUUAUGUUCCAUACCUUUUGAGGGUGAGCUUCUAUUUGGAAAGACCCUAGAGGAAUCAAUUAAAAAAGCUGCUGAGGGGCAUAAGGUCUUUCUACCCCAGGAGAAAAGAACCAGAAGACCAGGCUCCUCUUGGUCAGAUAAGCG